AUUUUUCAAUUUCAAUUUUAAUUUAAUUAUUGUUUGGUUUUUUUUUUUGUUUUUAGUUCAUGGACGUAUUCCAAAUUUUCGAAAUAAUCCAAAUUGUUCAAUGAAUUUAGCACAACUUGAAGAAUUUCAACGGGCACGUGUUAUUGAAAUUUGUCCAAGUCUUGCUCAAGAACAUUUACGUUUAUUUUCAUUAUCUGAAGGAAAAGUAGUUCUUACUCCAGCACCAUCUGUUGGUAAUGCACUUUUUUAUAAACUUGAUCCAAAAUUUUUACAUGUCCAGGAUUUAUCACGUGCAGCAACAAAAUCCGGUGCAGCUGCUCUUGGUACCAUUGUUAAUUUAACAGCUAUUGGAAAUCUUCAUGUAGAUAUUUUUAUUGUUGCUUCUGUAGUUGCUAAUCCAAUAAAUGGUGCUCGAUUAGGUAAAGGCAAAGGUUAUGGUGAUAUUGAAUAUGCAAUGAUGCAUCAAUUGGGUGCAUGUAAUGAUAAAACACUUGUCGUUACAACUGUACAUGAAAGUCAAUUACUUAAUGAUCUUCCGGAAUCUGUUAUGACUGAACAUGAUUUAUCAGUGAAUAUUAUUAUUACACCACAACGUAUAAUUUAUACUCAAAAUAAAUUUUCACGUCCAAAAGAAAUUAACUGGAAUGAUAUUGAUAAUGAAACAAUGCUUAAUUUACCUGUAUUAAAAGAAUUUCAACGUCUUCAAAAACUUCAAAAAUAG